GACCGAUGAGAUCUGUUUCUUUUCUUAGGUUGGGGGCUGGAGGGGAGGUGGGGGGGACGCCGAGCGUGUUUUCCAUCUGGCUCUCAAAGCUGACCUCGCUCCGCGUUGUCUUUGCAGUUUUAGCUUAUUCAGUGACACCUGUCGCCAGAUCUAGCCAGAAUGGGAGUCAGUCCAAACCCAAGUCCCACGUUCUGUGGUCUACGCAGAAAACCAAGCCAUCUACUCUACCUCCACUUGGACAAGCCAGCAACCACGCUAAAAGAAAAACGAAGAGUUUGAUUAAAGUCCAAUCAGCGACCUACUACCAGCCCACGGUGGUGACGACAUACCAGCCCAGGGAGCCAGAAGAUUCGCACCUGAAGGACAAGUUCAACUCUAGGAAGAUUCAGGCCAAAGUCCGGUUCAUGAGGUCGAUGGUCAGGAACCAGCGGACCUCGCUCCUGGAGAUGCGCCAGCACAAGUUCUUCCUCGGCAAGCUGUGCGACAAGCUGGCGAGGGCCAUCCAGGACACCGAGGACAGCACGGCCCUGCGCGUGCGGGCGAUGCUGCAGCAGCAGGACACCCUGACGAACAUCAUCGACAUCCUGGAGUACUCCAACAAGAAGAGGAUACAGCAAUUGCAGUCUGAGCUCCAGGAGUGGGAAGAUAAGGAGGAAAGCAAGAUAAACUGCCUGGAGCUGCAGGUGGAGCAGCUGAACGCCAAAGUCGAAAAGACCCAGGAGGAGGUGAACUUCCUGAGCACGUACAUGGACCACGAGUACCCGGUCAGGUCUGUCCAGAUCGCCAACCUUGCGCGCCAGCUUCAGCAGGCCAAAGACGACCAGCAGGACGAGCUGGAUAACCUUGCUGAGAUGCGCAGAAUGGUCCUGGAGUUGCUAUCCACCAAGAUUUGGAAGAAGAAGGAAAAAAUCCUGAGGUCUCUGGCGAUGAGAACCCUGCAGCCUCACGAGGAGGCCCUCCUGCAGAAGACCCAGGACAGCCAGCACAGGCGGAGGUGCAGAGGGACGGUCACGGAGUUCAUCGACGAGCUGAAGGGGAGACUGCCCGAGCUGAAGGCCGAGGUGGAAGAGCUCCGGGCCCAGAGGCAGGAACCCCGAGAGGUCGUUUUCAAGGGCGUUCUGCUUCGGAGACCCAAAUGCACCCCAGACAUGGACGUGGUCCUCAACCUCCCAGAAGAAGAGCUCCUCUUCUAGAGGAUGCAGCGGCCGCCCACCCCUCCCAGCACCUGGAGCCUUGAUGGCUUCACUUCCAGCCUGAGUCUCCGUUCAGACGCUGCUCAGAGCCCCUCCUCCUCCUCCUCCCCUCCUUUCCUGUAUACAAUGAUUUCUUUCCCUUCUCUUUCUCUCCCUUUUCUGCAGUGGCCCUGCCCCCCAGGCCAGCUGGGGAUUCCUUUCUACCAAUAAAGCCCGGUCUGCAUUGC